CACCACCCGACCACCGUAAAGCUACUCCUACAUUCGGGAACCAGGCUAGCAGUAAUUAUAUUUUGUUUUUGUCUGAGUGUUAAACUAAUUCACUAAUUUCGUUGAGGGUUGGGUAGCUAUCUGCAGCACCAUUUGCUGACACUGCAAGGUGGGGGAGUUGGCUAUUGAGAUUAGAUACUCGAGACUCAAUUGUUUUGUUUUUUUGCUGAGCCGAGUAACGUAAUGGACACAAAGAACCGAAGAUGAAGUGAUUGUCACCCGAGGGACCAUGCUGGCCACAAAGAGACUAGAGAUGUCACCGACAUGAACGUGCAAGCGGUGCAGAAAUAAGCUGAGGGAUGACAUCGCUGGCUGUCGACGUGGUCCUCUGCCUAACAGGCUGGAUCACUCUCUACACCCUACUGUGUAGCACCAGUGGCAGCCAUGGCUCUGAGUGGAACUGUAGGCUGGUCACACUGCUCCAUGGAAUCCUUGCAGUCUGUAUAACAGCAUACAUAGGCUAUGUGGAUGGACCUUGGCCCUUCACACAUCCAGGCACAAAGAACACCCCCCUUCAGAUCACUGCUAUGGUCAUUAGCCUGGGCUACUUCAUCUUCGAUAUGGGCUGGUGUGUUUACUUCAGCACAGAGGGCCCGGUGAUGCUGGCUCACCACACCAUGAGCAUCCUGGGUAUCUUGUUGACCCUGAGCUUGGGGGAAUCGGGCAUCGAGUCCUGCGCCGUACUCUUUGGCAGUGAGAUCACCAACCCCCUUUUGCAAGCUCGCUGGUUCCUGAGACAGUUGGGAUGCUAUGAGAGCCUGACAGGCGAGGCGGUGGAUGUUCUGUUUGUAGUGCUAUUUGUGUUUAUGCGCAUAGUGGUUGGCAGAAGGAUGUUGUACUGCGAGCUCAUCUCCACACGGCCCAGGUUCAUUAUAAAGUGUGGGGGAGUUGCCAUGUAUGUGCUAUCCUGGGUGUUCAUGGUGGACAUUGGUCGUUUCGCCUACCGCAAGAGUCAAUCCAAAUACAGACGCUGGCGAGACCAACACAGAUUGGAAACAGUUAACAGACAUGAUGGAAAGACAGACUGA